AUGGCUAGAAAAGGUAGAGCUGCGAUUCUUCCAAACAACAUCAUUUUGUUACAAAACUUGGUGAAACGUGACCCGGAGUCCUACAAAGAAGAGUUCUUACAACAAUAUUCUCAUUAUGAAUCCUUACGUGAUAUCUUUAUGGUGAAUGGUAUGGCUCAGACAGCAGCAGCAGCCGCUGCUGCCAGCUCUUCAACCAAUGGUGUUGCCGAUGAUAGUGCUAAUCGUGUGGAAACUAACAGUGUUGGUAUCAAUGGGAAUGCAUCCGUUGGUGAGCUUGUCGAACUGAUCGGAUUCAUCUCCCAAGUGUGUUCCUGCUUCCCAGUGCAAACUGCUAAUUUCACAAACGAGUUAAGACAGUUGUUAUUAGAACAUCACAAGACCUUACCCUUUGAAUUGAAGGAAAAAAUCCUAGUCUCUUUAACAAUGUUAAGAAACAAAGGUGUUAUCAGCGCAGAACAACUGAUUCAAACAUUAUUCCCAUUAUUGAUUGCUUACUCCUUACAAGGUAACUCACUUGGAUUAAAUUCUCAUGCCAAAGAAUUACGUCGUUUGAUUUAUAACAAUCUAGUGACACUGUUGAAGAACUGUAAUCUAGGUUCUAAGAAUCAGAAAUUGAAUAAAUCCACACAAGCAAUCUGUUUCAACUUAUUGGAUCAACCUGAUUCUCAAGGUAUCUGGGCUGCUAAGCUUACCAGAGAGUUAUGGCGUCGUGGUAUUUGGGAUGAUUCUAGAACUGUUGAAAUCAUGACUCAAGCUGCAUCGCAUAGUGAUGCCAAGAUUGCGUUAUCUGGGAUUAUGUUCUUCUUGGAUGCUGAUCGCGAACGUGAAGAGACGUUUGAAGAAAACAGUGAUGACGAUGAUGAUAGUGUCAAUGUUGAUGCAUUGAAACAUCGUCUUGAAAUUAACAAAAAGACAGGUAAACGUGCUAAGAAAUUAAAGAAUGCCAUCAAUACUGUAAAGAAGCGUAAUCAUACAAAGGGUCAAGCCAAUCAAAACUUUUUAAACUUCAGUGCCAUUCAUUUAUUAAGAGACCCACAAGGGUUCACCGAAAGAUUAUUCAAAGAACAUUUAAGUGGUAAUAAACGUAACAAUAAAUUCACUAUGGAACAAAGAAUAUCGAUCAUGCAAUUAUUAUCACGUUUGAUCGGUACCCAUAAGCUAACAGUAUUAGGGAUCUAUACGUAUUUCCUAAAGUACUUAACACCAAAACAAACCGAUGUCACUAAGAUUAUGGCUGCCAGUGCCCAAGCAUGUCAUGAAUUGGUUCCACCAGAGACACUUCAAGUUCUGGUGAGAAAGAUUGCUGAUGAGUUUGUAUCUGAUGGUGUUGCCAAUGAAGUUGCUGCAGCAGGUUUAAAUACCAUCCGUGAAAUCUGUUCUCGUGCUCCAUUAGCCAUUGAAGAGACAUUAUUACAAGAUUUGAUUGAAUAUAAACAAUCCAAGGCUAAAGGUGUUAAUAUGGCUGCUAAGGGAUUACUUGCUCUAUAUAGAGAUGUUGCCCCAGAGAUGUUAAAACGUAAAGAUAGAGGUAAGACAGCUACAUUGGAAAUAAUUGAUAAACAGAGAAAUGGUACUAAGAACAGUACACGUGACGCGCGUCUACAAUUUGGUGCUGAUCAUGGUGUCCAAGGUAUUCAAGGUCUUGAACUAUUAGCGCAAUGGAAACGUGACCAUGCGACCGCCGAACAAAACGAUGACAAUGACGCUGCCAAUUGGGAAGUUGACAACGAGGGUAACAGUGAUGGAGAAGAUGUUGACGGUGCGUGGGUUGCUGUAGAGAGUGAUAAAGAAUACAAUGUGGCAAGUGAUAGCGAUCUUGAAUUAAGCGAUGACGACAACGACAAUGAGGAAACCGCAACGGAGAAAACAAAGACCACAGCCGCCGAGGCGUUCCAGGAAUUAGCCACCACGCGGAUCUUAACCCCAGCAGAUUUUGCCAAGUUACGUGAAUUACAAACGGAAGAUAAUGUAUUGCAACAGAUGGGACACAGUGCACGUGACCAGGGCAGUCGUAAUGAAGAGAUUAUUGAUGCUGCUGGCUUAGUUGGACCUGUUAAAUAUAAGCAAACACGUGAGGAACGUAUUGCUAAGAUUAUGGAAGGUCGUGAAGGUCGUGAGAAGUUUGGUAGUCGUAAAGGUAAGCGUGAAGACGGUCACUCUACUACAAACCGUGAGAAACAACGUAAGAAGAAUUUCGUGAUGAUGAUUCAUAAGAGAUCUGUCACAGGGAAACAAAAGAUGUCUUUAAGAGAUAAACAAAAAGUGUUACGUGCUCAUAUCACCAAACAAAAGAAACGUGGUCAUUGA